AUGUCAGGCAACAGCGCUGAAUACGCCGCGGCGCCCGCGAAUGCCCGGAAGGAGGCACCAAGCGCGAUGACAUCUCAACCUGGGACCAACCUGGAUAUUGAGCAAGAUGCCGGUGGCGACAUGCAUUUGCUGAAUAGGACGGUUUACAACCUGACUUGGAGAGGUGUGACUGUUACGGUCAAGGACAGGAAAACCAAACAGCUUCGUAACAUUGUCGACAAUAUGGAGGGUAUGGUGGAAGCUGGGGAGAUAUGUGCGCUGAUGGGACCAUCUGGUUGCGGAAAGACGACGCUGCUCAACGUGCUCGCCCAUCGCGAUACCAACGCCCAAAGCGUAUCCAGCAAUGUUCUCGUCAACGGCUCGAGCGUACCUCUGAGCACAUUCAGGAACAUCAGUGCUUUCGUCGAGCAGGAGGACUCGUUGAUCGGGUCGCUUACUGUCCGAGAAACGCUAGACUUUGCAGCUCGACUGUCGACAAACUCGAGUGUCCUGUCGUCAAGUGAACGUCUUCAUCGCAUCGGCAGCCUGCUUGAAUCCUUCGGUCUGCGAGGGCAGGCCAACACACUCAUCGGCACCCCCAUCCGCAAGGGCAUCAGUGGUGGUCAGAAACGCCGUGUCGGUGUCGCCAGUCAACUCAUCACUAGCCCCAAGAUCCUAUUCCUCGACGAACCUACGAGCGGCCUCGACUCCGUCGCCAGUUGGGAAGUCAUCAACUACCUCCGCAGUGUGGCUAGACGGAACAAUUUGAUCGUGAUCGCCAGCAUCCAUCAGCCUUCGACAUCGACCUUCAACCUGUUCGACAAGCUGCUGUUGAUGUCCAACGGCAAGCCGCACUACUUCGGUCCGGUCAGCAGCGUAGCAGACCAUUACGCGCAAUGCCAGUAUCCCAUCCCGAACAACACGAACCCGGCUGAGUUCCUGCUCGAAAUGGUCAAUACCGACUUCACCAUGAACCCGGCCUACGCCCAACAGCUCGUCGAAUGGCUACAGAACUCCUGGGAGAACUCGGCGCAAUGUGCCUAUGUCUACAAUGCUAUCAUGUCCGCGGAGCAACAGGGCUACGAAGCUGUCUCCGCCCAGCUUGCGGCAGAGAUCCAGAGACCCAGCCGAUUGAGCCUGAUCGCUACGCUUUUACAUCGCUCGUUCGUCAAGAGCUACCGUGACGUCGUCGCGUAUGGUAUCCGGGUAGCGAUGUACACUGGCCUUGCGUUGAUGAUGGGGACGGUGUGGCUGCGACUGAACACCCACCAGACCGAUAUCAUCCCCUUCACCAAUGCGAUUUUCUUCGGCUCCGCCUUCAUGUCCUUCAUGGCUGUUGCCUAUGUACCCGCUUUCCUUGAAGAUCGGCAGCAAUACGUGAAGGAGCACCAGAACGGGCUCUACGGCGCGACCGAGCUGAUCGUCUCGAACUUCCUCAUCGGCCUCCCAUACCUCUUCCUUAUCUCGAUCAUCUUCUCCCUGAUCUCGUACUGGCUCUCCAACUUCGCGCCGACCGCGAGCGCCUUCUUCACGUGGGUCAUGUGGCUGUACCUGGACCUGCUGGCGGCCGAGUCGCUCGUCGUGCUCUUCACGGCGCUCUUCCCCAAUUUCGUCAUCUCGCUCGCGCUCGUGGCCUUCGCCAACGGCCUGUGGAUGAGCGUCGGCGGGUUCCUCGUGCAGCCGACGAUCCUCAACGUCUUCUACAAGUACGUCUUCCACUACUGGGACUACCAGAAGUGGGUCUUCGAGGGCAUGAUGGUCAACGAGUUCAGCCGCCGCGUCUACGAGUGCGCGAAGGUCCCGGGCGGGGGCUGCGCUUGCAUGUACCAGUCGGAGCUUGCGGACCAGUGCCAGAUCACGGGCCAGGCUGUGUUGGAUCAGUUUGGGUACGAGACGGGACAUAUGGGACGCAACGUCGGGAUCAUGCUGUCUAUCGUGGUUGGUUAUCGACUGGCGGCUUGGGCGGUGCUUACACUCAAGAAGAAUUAG